AUGCAGGAAAUACAGAAAGGAGAUGGAGCUGGAGUUGAUGCUCCUCCUUUUCCUUCACUACGUGCAUUGGACUUUGAUGUGGCUGACUUGUGGUGUCACUCUGUCUUGGAACAGCCCAUAGAUAGCAACGUAGAAGCUCUAUUUGAAGAAUUGGAAAAGAUCAUCCCUCGAUUAACGCCAUUGAAUGCCAGUGAUGAGGAUAACGAAGACAUGACCGGGGCGUCCAAUCCCGAUGCAGCAACGGCAAAGGCAAGGAAGACGGAACACCUCGUCGGCAUACGGAUGCGCAUGUUGGAAGUCUUGCAAGAUGUUUUGACCUUGCAAUUUGAGCAGGAUGAAAUGGAAGGGAGCGAGACCCAGACCUCAAGUCCAUCUGCACAAUUGGUCUUUCCCAAUCCUGGUGCGACUGUUGAAACUAUUUCAACUAUUCGAGACCGACUGCGAUGGUUGUUUGAAAAGCUGAAAGCAAUGAAACGACAGAGCAAUGGCGAUGGCUACCAUCGACUUCGUCGGUCCCUCUUGGCAGUGGAACAAGUCUUGGACUUUGAAGCAAAAUUGACCACUAUGAGCAACGACAAGGGUCCUACCCCAACAUCAAAAGGCAAAGGGGCUUCGGCCACCAAAUCACUUACAACCAAGAACAAAUGGCUAGAUCAGCUUUCCGAAAUGUUGAAAUCCUUGACCAAGACCUUUUUGGAGGACGACGUUCCUGUCCCAGAUGCACUAGCAUCAGUCGCCUCCUUUGUCCUUCAACUGGUGAUAAACCAUGACACAGAAUCAACUCCUCCUAGUCCAUCGCCUCUUACCCAGGAUGAUUCGGUCAUUGGUGAUGGUCACGAUUUAAGUGAGGGAGUGAGCGAGGAAGAUAUUGUCAAGGUACAGCAGGGAUUGCAAAACUUGUAUGGCCGACCAGCAUCGCCCUUUUACAUUGCGCAAUUGCAAGAAGAUGCCCGACAACUGUUACUAAAUUGGAGCACCCAAGAUUUAGAGAUUCCAAAAUUGAUACAAUUGGGAUACUUGACAGGAAAGCAGGUCACAACUAAAGGUUCUACCACUUCAUUCAACACUGUGGUACAAGCUGCCGGGGCUGAUGUAGAAACGCAGAAUGAAUCGGUUGAACCAGCCAAUAAUGGAGCAACGAACCAAGAGAAAGAAGUAGUGGCAAGACGUCCACAAAAUGACUUGGACUCAGAGGCUACUCUUAUCGACACACUCCGCAAGAACAGCCAAGGGCGUACCUCCGAAGUGGUUGGCCAAAUAUGGGGAAAGUCGAAAAGGCGACGCAAUGUAGAUACGAACGGCAUUCUUGUGGCGACUUUACACGGGGAUGGCGAAGACGAUGGAGGCGGAAAACAAGGAGCUAUGGUUCGCAAACAGAAGGGCCGCGAUAAUUCAAGGGCCAAAGCGAAAGAUCCACCCGCUGCAAUUGCAGCUAGCAGUACAACAAGUACAAGUAAUCGAAGGACGACGAGUCCGUCAAAGCUCAAGCCACCUCCAGUGUAUCCAUCCCAAUUCAAUCCAGAGCCAAGUACAAGUAAUCGAAGGACGACGAGUCCGUCAAAGCCCAAGCCCCCUCCAGUAUAUCCAUCCCAAGUCAAUCCAGCGCCCUCACCAGUAACAUCGCAAGUGAGCAACGCGGAAGACGAGGAUAGCCUCAAGCAAAGAGCAUUUAGCAACAAGCAAAUUGCUAACAGUCGAGCUUCCUAUCCCACACAAAAGACUAGAACUGAUGUACCAAAAAGUACGAGUUCCAAGCGCAGCCGGUCUCAAGAGCCUGGUUUCGCCAAGAAACAAUCACGAAAGAAGCGAAAGAGAAGGUUAGUUCCAACCCGAGCCGAUGUCCUCGAGGCAAUUAGUCAAGGCAUUGCUACCUAUGGCUUUGGAAACUGGACCAUGAUUCAAAAGCGGUCGGGAGGUAUUCUGAAGCACAUGACGGGGACGGAUAUUAAGAAAGCGGCAGAGGAAGUGACAGCUCUAAAGGUCUAG